AUGGCAGGUUUUGAGACAAUAUUUGGAACAUUAUCACUGACACAAGGAUCAGAGUAUAAGUACAUGAAUGACAACAACGAGACCUGUAUUGAUGCGAAGAUGGACGUUCUGUUUACUCUGAGUAAUGGAAAUGGAACUGUAAAAUUUGAUGGAAAUGAUUUCACUGUGAAGAGCGGGGAUUGUGCAAAUGAAGGAGAAUAUCAGGCAGUGCUAAACCUUGGAAAUUCCAAUGAAGACCUUCUGGCCUUGACUUUCAAUACUCAACCUGAUUUAUCAGUGAACAUGAGCUCGAUGUUUAUAUUUGCUCCAUUUGAGUUCUUUCCAGGAACACCCAUAGCAACUGCAACAAAUUUGUUGGACACUGGAGACUUGAAAUUCGGAUCAAACACCCAGCUAUACCAGUGUGAAUCCACUCAGAGAAUGACCUUGACUGGGGAGCUGGAAGGCACCACUUAUACAAUGAACAUGGACAUGUCUAACGUCCAGAUACAGGCCUUUAAUAUAAAGAAUGGAAACCUCAGCAUUGAUGUUUUUGUGUGUAGUGCUGAUCAGAUGACAACUGUAGCACAAGAGACAACAAAGGCGACCUCAGAACCCACUCAACCAACAACAGAACCAUCAGCAUCUAAUGUAACAACAGAACAAACAACAGUCGAACCGUCUAACGUCACAUCAGGGGCCCCUACCAGUGCACCCCCAAUUCCUCCAUUCCCACCAAAGUCCAGAUACGAAGUCACUGAGAACAAAAUAGUCUGUCUCAUCAUGGAGGGAAGCUUCCAGCUAAAAGUGACUUAUACGACAAAGGAUAAUAAAACUGCCAGUACGAUUGUGGUUGUUCCAGUGAGCAGUAAUGUCAUAGUCACAGGAACCUGUGCCAGUGGAAAUGAAAACUCUUCUAGUCUCACUAUCAGACCAAAAGAUGGAGAAAUUAAAUCCUUGACAUUUAAUUUUGAAAUCAUGAAUGGAAAAUCUAACCUUAUAUCUUGGUUCGUCGAUGUGAAGAUCCCAGAUGCCAUGGAAUGUAAGUAUCAACAAUCUGAUCUCAACUAUUCAGUAACUGAUAAAGUGGAAUUAUCAAGUCCGAAGUUAUAUUACAAGUGUGAUAAGGGUGGAAACAUCUCGGACAGUGCUCUGGCCUUCAUGUACAGGGAUUUAAAAGUACAGGCCUUUAAUCUGGAGGACGAAAAGUUUUCAGAAAAUGGGGUGUAUUGUGAAGCAGAUUUUGGACCCAUUCCAGUUCCAGGUUGCUCUUCUGUAAACAUAUAUUCUGUAUUAAGUGGAAACAAUACCUGUGUUGUAUUUAAGGGAAGCAUCCAGUUCUAUAUUCCUUAUAUUUCAAAAACUGGCAUAACCACAGAAGUGAUUUCCCUGCCAGCAGUGUACAAUGUGUCUGGUAAAUGCAACACAACUCUGAAUGGACUGUACUCUCAGCAAAUGGUCAUUCGUUUUUACGACGCCUGGAUCUUGACAAUUUACUUCUCAUCUGAUAAGCAUCAAGAGACAGAUCCAUUUACAGCUGAGGCGGGUGUUGAUAACUACAUUUCACAAAUAGAGCUGAAGUAUGAUUACAACAACGUUCUCUAUAAGGAUGCAGUCGAUAGCAUUCUUGGUAAAGAAAUGUCAGUUGUUGCUCCCAAUCUCAACAAACUUACAACGAAUUAUAACAAGAGCUACAAGUGCAAGAAAGAAACUACCAUUCGUCUUCAAAAUGGAUUAUCUAUGGUUACCAAAGACCUUCAAUACCAAGCUUUCAAAACUGGACAGUCAGCAGAUUUCAGUACGGCAGUCAAUUGUGAAAGAGAUGAAGAUGACAAACAUUAUCUACUGUACAUCGCUAUAGGAGCAGCAGUCGGAGGAUGUCUUCUUGUUGUCGUAGUGUUGGUUACUGUACACGUCAUAAACAAACGCAGGAAAUACGAACAAUUAACUCUUUAAAUAGGGAU